UGGGUGGGUGUGGAGCAAGAGGCCGUUCAAUUUCUGGGUUCCUUUUCGUGACUGGGCAGACUGGCGUGGUGUGCUGAAGAGGCGCAGGCCUGACGGCUUGGAGGUACACUGCCUGGUUUCUUUUCUCCACGGUGGUCUCACAUCUGAAACAUGGCUACAGAUUGGCUGGGCAGUAUUGUGUCCAUCAACUGUGGCGACAGCUUGGGUGUCUAUCAGGGAAGAGUGUCAGCAGUGGAUCAGGUGAGCCAGACCAUUUCUCUCACCCGGCCUUUCCACAAUGGAGUGAAGUGCCUUGUGCCGGAAGUCACCUUCAGGGCAGGUGACAUUAUGGAAUUAAAAAUUCUGGAGAUACCAGGUCCUGGAGAAAACCAACAUUUUGGAGACCUUCAGACAGAACUAGGCUCCUCUGGUGUUGGGUACCAAAUGGGUAUCAAUCAGAAUGGCACAGGCAGGUUGGUCAAGAAGCCAGCCCCUUCUAGCACUGCCCCUCAAAACAUCCCGAAGAGGACUGAUGUGAAGAGCCACGAUGCUGCCGUCUCCCCACAGCAGCAGUGCUCCAGGAGCUGUGUGGACAGGCACGUGGAGCCCUUGAGUCAGUCCAGAAGUUUCCGUCGUCGGCACAACUCUUGGUCAUCUAGUAGCAGGCACCCAAAUCAGGCAACUCCAAAGAAAAGUGGUUUAAAGAAUGGCCAAAUGAAGAAUAAAGAUGACGAGUGCUUCGGGGAUGAUAUUGAAGAGAUCCCAGACACAGAUUUUGAUUUUGAAGGGAACCUUGCCCUGUUUGACAAGGCAGCUGUGUUUGAGGAGAUUGAUACCUAUGAGAGGAAAAGUGGUACCCGUUCCCGGGGCAUCCCAAAUGAAAGGCCUGCUCGGUACCGCCAUGACGAGAACAUCCUGGAGUCAGAGCCCAUUGUCUACAGACGGAUCACAGUGCCCCACAAUGGGAGCAAGGAGUUCUGCACAGACUCUGGCCUGGUUGUCCCAAGUGUUUCCUAUGAGCUACAUAAAAAGCUGUUGUCUGUGGCCGAAAAGCAUGGGUUGACUUUGGAGCGGAGACUGGAGAUGACAGGUGUGUGUGCCAGUCAGAUGGCACUGACUCUACUCGGAGGACCCAACAGGUUGAAUCCCAAAAAUGUUCACCAGAGGCCUACCGUGGCUUUGCUAUGCGGUCCCCAUGUGAAGGGGGCUCAGGGUAUCAGCUGUGGAAGGCAUCUAGCCAACCAUGAUGUCCAGGUCAUCCUCUUCCUGCCCAACUUUGUCAAGAUGCUAGAGUCCAUCACCAAUGAGCUGUCUCUCUUCAGCAAGACCCAAGGCCAACAAGUGUCUAGUCUCAAAGAUCUGCCCACUAGCCCCGUGGAUCUGGUGAUCAACUGUCUGGAUUGUCCCGAGAACGCCUUCCUACGGGAUCAGCCCUGGUACAAGGCGGCUGUGGCCUGGGCCAACCAGAACCGGGCACCAGUACUCAGCAUAGAUCCUCCUGUGCAUGAAGUUGAACAGGGCAUCGAUGCCAAGUGGUCACUGGCUCUGGGUCUGCCUCUGCCACUGGGAGAGCAUGCAGGCCGCGUCUACUUGUGCGACAUUGGCAUUCCCCAGCAGGUAUUCCAGGAGGUGGGGAUCAACUACCACUCACCGUUUGGCUGCAAGUUUGUCAUCCCGCUGCACUCUGCCUAGAGGGGCUCUGGGCAGGCUGGACCCUGUAGUCCCCUGCUGCUCCUAACACUGAACUUGACAACGAACGCCUUAAGGAUGUGAAGCUUCAUGGACCGUGUUCAAUUUUGUCUCUUAUGGGUUUCUUUCUUUUGUGAGAGAACAAAUCAUAUUUAAAGCUGACCUGUCACCUGCCCUUCUCCAGAAAACACUUUCCCACUGGAUGUGUGAGGCAGGUGGCAGGCUGAGUGCUCAGUGGCUCCAGGCAUCUCUACACUCGACCCCCUGCGUGGGGUUUUGUUUACAGACGUAGGCAGCUCACAAACUGUGUUUCAGGUUUACAGCCACUGGGCCUGGGCAAGCACCUUGCAGAGUGGGAUAGGGCCUGUUUGAGGGCCUGCCUGUACUUGCUAUUUCAGUGCUGGUGGCUUUGUCUCCCCUCCUCUGAUCACACACACACCUGGCUGUGCUGCAGCUGUCCACUAGAGGGCAGACUUGCACUCCCCAUUUCAUUUUGAGGGCUGUGGGCCUCCCGCGAGCCCCGCCACAAGUUGAUUUGUAGGCUUUGUCCCUUUUUCCUGAGCUGAUCCAAAUUUUAUUUUUCUUCCUGGGAUUUUCUCCCCAGGGCCCUUCCUCCCUUCUGCAGCACUCUGAGAGGCAGGGAAGGGUGUGGCAUUGGGAUGGUUUUACUGCACUGGGAUUUUACAUUGUAUUUGUCUUCAGCCCAGGUAGUAUGAGGUUAUGUUACUGUAGAGCCACAGUGCCCAUCUUGCCAGCAGUGCCCCCCAACCCCCGUACCCUCUCUAGCUGGGGGCUGAGCAUUUUCUUAGUCUGGGACCAGACCCCUCAGGGUGCAGCUUUAAUGUUCAGUAUUGGGGAGGCUGGGGGGCCUGGUGCUGAGCCACAAAAGGCUUCCUGGUGCUUUUGUCCUAUG